GGCGGAACUGAUAUAUAACAGGCUCUGCAGCGUUUACCUGCUUCUCCACAAACCACCAUGUCCCGCUCACCACACCGUCCAACCCGCCACCAGGCGCGGCGUAUGGCUUCCUCUCUUUCUCUCCUCCUCUUUGCUUUCAUUGCACUCAUCUGUCUUUGUCCCGCCGUUGUCGCAGACGAAAGUAGCAAGAGCGAGUAUGGACCUGUGAUUGGUAUCGAUUUGGGAACUACUUAUUCAUGUGUUGGUGUUCAACGGGGAGGUCGUGUUGAGAUCAUCGCUAACGACCAAGGUCAUCGCAUAACACCAUCAUGGGUUAGCUUUACCGAUGACGAACGACUGGUUGGUGACAGUGCCAAAAACGCAUUCCACUCGAAUCCCACGAACACCGUCUUCGACGCUAAGCGUCUUAUUGGACGCAAGUUUGAUGAUACAGAGCUCAAGCGCGAUGUUAAACACUGGCCAUUCCGUGUCGUCGAUAAUGGCGGUAAACCUGCUGUCUCUGUGGAUUACAAAGGCGAGACCCGUGAAUUUACUCCCGAAGAAAUCAGUGCCAUGGUCUUAACCAAGAUGAAGGAGACUGCUGAGGCAUAUCUUGGUCAGAAGGUCACCCACGCAGUUGUCACUGUCCCUGCAUAUUUCAACGACGCUCAGCGUCAGGCUACCAAGGACGCCGGUACCAUAGCUGGCCUGCAGGUUCUUCGUAUCAUCAACGAGCCAACUGCCGCUGCCAUCGCCUAUGGACUGAACAAAAAGGGCGGUGAAUCACAAAUCAUCGUCUACGAUCUCGGUGGAGGAACUUUCGAUGUCUCCCUCUUGUCGAUUGAUGAUGGUGUAUUCGAAGUCUUGGCAACUGCUGGUGACACUCAUCUUGGUGGUGAAGAUUUCGACAACCGUGUGAUCGACUUCUUUGUGAAAUUGUACAAGAAGAAGACUGGAACGGAUGUUUCUACCAACCUUCGUGCCAUGGGCAAGCUAAAGCGAGAGGUGGAGAAAGCCAAGCGUACUCUAUCGAGCCAACAGUCGACCAGAAUUGAAAUCGAGUCCUUCGAAGAUGGUAACGACUUCUCUGAGACACUUACCCGGGCUAAAUUUGAAGAACUUAACGUGGAUCUGUUCCGCAAGACCAUGAAGCCUGUUGAACAAGUGCUCAAAGAUGCUAAUGUCAAGAAGGAGGACGUUGAUGAGGUUGUCCUCGUCGGUGGUUCCACCCGUAUUCCAAAGGUGCAACAACUCCUGAAAGAGUACUUCGGUGGCAAGGAGCCGUCAAAGGGUAUUAACCCUGAUGAGGCUGUGGCAUAUGGUGCCGCCGUCCAGGGUGGUAUUCUCACUGGGGAAGUGGGCACAGAAGAUGUUGUUCUCGUCGAUGUCUGCCCUCUGACGCUUGGGAUUGAAACAACCGGUGGAGUUUUCACCAAACUUAUUCCUCGUAACACUGUUAUUCCCACUCGCAAGAGCCAAAUCUUCUCCACAGCCGCCGACAACCAGCCUACUGUAUUGAUUCAAGUCUUUGAGGGUGAGCGGGCACUUACGAAGGACAACGAUCUCCUCGGUAAAUUCGAAUUAUCCAACAUCCCUCCUGCCCCUCGUGGUGUGCCUCAGAUUGAGGUGUCAUUCGAGAUUGAUGCAAACGGUAUCAUGAAAGUUGGUGCUGCUGAUAAGGGAACUGGCAAGUCAGAAUCUAUUACGAUUACGAAUGAAAAGGGACGGUUGUCGAAGGAAGAUAUCGAACGCAUGGUUCGCGAGGCUGAGGAGUUUGCCAGCGAAGAUGAGGCAAACAGGCAACGCAUAGAGGCUUUGAACAGCCUCUCAUCGUUCGUGUAUGGCCUUAAGAGCCAACUUGCUGACCAGAGUGGUCUUGGUGGCAAGAUCGACGACGAUGAUAAGAAGGCUAUUCUCGCUGCUGUCAAGGAGACAACCGAGUGGAUCGAUGAGAACGGGCAGUCAGCGAGCACGGAAGACCUAGAAGAGAAGCUGAGCGAUAUCCAAAGCAUUGUUAACCCAAUCACGACUAAACUCUAUUCGGGCGGUGCUCCAGAGGAAGAAGAUGAACCUUACUUCGACCACGACGAACUGUAGGGAGUUGGAUGUUCGACGAUGUAAUUAUUCUCUUAGCUAGGCUACAAAAGUGUGUAGGCAUAAAAUAGAAAUCUUAUUAUUUUGGCAUCACUUCUUGCACACCAGUUA